CUUCGCGCUCUUCUUAUUCGCCACGCUCCUGGGUGUGGUCUGGGUCAUCUGGGCUUUGACGCCCGACAGGCUGCUCAAGGCCGCCGGCUUGGACUGGUAUCCAAAUCGGUGAGCCCUUGCCUCUUUGACUGCAGCGAGCGCAAGCUACAUGCUCACAUCACGUGUGCGGACGAAAUUGGUGCUCAACCCUAGGGAGUGGGCCUUUUUACUCCCUGCUUGGAACCUGGUCGCUGUCCUUGUCACCUACACCGUCUUCAUGUCCCUCAACUUGUACGGCAAUGGUGAUCUAGCGGACUUGUCCAAGGUCGUUGGUGAGUCCCGUUCAGGUCAUCUGACCACUCGCGUGACGGUUGGUUCGACGAUCAUUGGUGUGCGGAUUUGGGGGGAGGCGCCGCGCUGCGAGAUCUUCAGGCGCUGAGCGAAAGCGCAUCUAAAGGUGCCUCGCUUGCCACUCAUCCUGCAGAUUCUCACAGCAACAUACACGCAGUAGCGUCUGGUCCAGCCAAUCCAAUCCAGCCACUUCGGGACACGUCAAGCCUUUUGGAAACAGGAUUCAGGGCCACGAAC